UUCGUCGACUCUCUCCUCUACAGCGCAGACCGCGCCGGCCGCUUCUGCGUACACGACGUCCGUUGCCCCUCUUGGCGCGCCCAAGCAGCCGCGCCGCUACGCUUCGCCGACGGUUGGCACGUCAACCAAGUCGUCCGCCUGGCCAACUCGGCUACGCUCCAGCUCGUGCUGACCCAGCCCGGGGGUGGCGGCGGUGGGUUGGCGCCCGCCUGCGCGCUCACGUUGGACGCCCUCACGUGCCGCGUGAUAGCGCCACCGCUCUUCUUCGGGCCGCGCGACGUCCUGCGCCUGUGCUCGCCCUUGGCCGGCGAGGGUGCCAGCGCCACCGCCGACGGCGCGCUGCUCCGAGGACUGCAGCUUCCCGGCGCCGUCAGCGCAGUCGUUGCUGAAGGCACCGACGCCUACUUGCUCGCUCGCGACCGCGAGAUCGCCUGCGUCAAGGAAGGCAAGGUCGUGCGCCAGUGGCCCCACCACCUCGACGCGCCCGUCGACUGCCUCUUCUCGUACCCCAAGGUCACCGACCUCGAGGUCUCCGUACCCUACAUCCGCGGCUACGCCAGCGCGACCAACCGCGCGGUUAACAUUACAUAA